AUGGAUGAUGCAACAUCCUCACAAGAAGAAGUCAAGAAAACUUUGCCUCCUAAGCAAACUUUUCUCUCUUUAUCGUGGGAUUACUUUAAAUUUCUGCUGACCUGUGCAUCUAUUUAUGGAGUGGGGUACCUCCGACUUAGUGCUAGCUGGGUAUUACUGGGGUCAUUGGGCUACUUCGUAAUACAGCACGCUAAAAAUAAGAACUCGAAGUUGGUCAGUUCAUUAAAAGCGAUUGGAGAAGAUGAAAAAGCAUUCAUCAUUCAAAAUUUUUCUGUCAGGGACCUUCCAUCAUGGGUUUACUUUCCAGAUGUUGAACGAGCUGAGUGGCUUAACAAGGUGAUUAAACGGAUGUGGCCGGCGAUCAGUGAAUAUGCAAGGGACAUCGUCAUCCAAAAUAUUGUACCUAUUGUUUCUCAGAAUUUACCAGCUGCAUUGACGCCUUUCAGUUUUGCGACUAUUGAUUUGGGGGACACCCCUCCUCGAGUCGGCGGCAUUAAGGUCUAUAUGAAUGAAAAUAUCCGUAAGGAUGAAAUAGUUCUUGACUUGGAUCUUAUGUUGUACAGUGAUGCGAGAAUAAAGGUAAACCUGGGGAAAGUCAAGGCAGGUGUAAAAGAAUUUGAGUUGCGUGGUACACUACGUGUAGUUAUGAAGCCACUGGUCCCGAAAGUUCCGUUUGCUGGUGCAGUCACAGUUUGUUUUCUCGACAGUCCAUACAUCAACUUCUCGUUAACAGACAUGGGGAAUAUCCUUGGACUUCCUGGGCUACAACAAACACUGAAUACAGUUAUUCGUAAUGUUGUCAACCAGUUGGUUGUUCUUCCAAAUCGUCUACCAGUUCAACUUCUCCCUGAUAUUGAUAUACAGAGUCUGAAAUAUCCAUUACCACAAGGUGUUCUUCAUGUCAAUAUGAUAUCUGGUCGUAAUUUAAAAGCAGGUGACAAGAGUGUAAUCGGACGUCAUACCUCAGAUCCAUAUUGUGUCAUACGAGUUGGUGCUAGAUCAUUUAAUACAUCAGUGGUCAAAGAAACUUUGGAGCCUGUUUGGAAUCAACAUUUUGAGUUUAUCGUGGAUAUUUGUCAUGGUCAAUCAGUCACAGUGGAGGUGUAUGAUAAAGAUCAGGGCAAUAAGGACGAUUAUUUAGGCUGUACUUCAAUACCAGUAGAAUCCGUGUGCAAUGAAGGUGAAAUCGAUACGUGGUCAUCUUUGGAAGGUGUUAAAACUGGUUCGUUGCAUAUGCAGUUAACAUGGUUUCGAAUGUCAAGCAAUGAUAUGGAUUUUGCAAAGGCUAUGGAACAGGCUCUGCAAUAUCGUAAAGCUUCUGGGCGUAGUAUGAGUUCAGGUCUUUUAUAUGUGGUUAUUGAACAGGCGCAUAAUCUACCAUGCGUAAAACAACUUCAAGAACCAUCACCAUUUUGUAAUUUACAUUUGGGACGUGAUUAUCAAUCGAAUGAUGUAAAGGAGAAAACACAAAAUCCAGUUUGGAAUUCUGUUCAUCACUUUCUUGUCAGUGAUCCUAAUGUCGAUAUUCUACAAUUGAUUAUUCGAGACAAUCGAACCGAAACAAAAUUAGGCGCUUGCAACAUCCCACUAAAGAUAUUAUUAACACAGAAGAAUAUGUCUGUUACACGACCAUUCACUUUACAAGAUACAGGUCGUGAAACAUCAACUAUUUAUUUACAUUUACAAUUAUUGGUGUUACUUCCUGGACAACGACAAAGUGCCAAUAGUUAUAUUAAUACAGAUUUAAAACGAGGUCAGUCUACUGAAGAACAUCAGCAGAAGCCCAUUGCUCCUGAUGCUACUACUACUACUACACCAAUUACUAAGUCUAAUGAAGGAUCUGUGGAAAAUGAAGAUAUGGCUGUUAGACAGCGUAAAUCUGAGAAUGAUGAUAUGGUUUCUUCAACAGAAUCUCUAUCAACCAACUUCAGUGUACAGUCAGCUCAACAACAGAUGACGAAUCAUCUUAGCGGCAGUAUGCAACAAAUAAGCAAUUCAUCUUUGGGCCGUAUACGCCUAACUAUUCAAUAUCAUACCAAUUCAAAUUCUUUAGAAAUAACAGUACACGAAGCUCAGCAUUUAACUGGUGUUGAUAAAGAUGGAUUGUCUGAUCCGUAUGUAAAACUUUAUCUAUUAGAUUUGCAUGGAAAUGUCGUCAGUGAUUCAAAGAAGACAAAAACACUGAAAGAUAAUUUAAAUCCAACAUAUGAAGAGAAUUUCCAAUUUCCAGUUGACGCUGAACACCUUCCUUUGACUAUUCUAAGACUAGAUGUAAAAAAUCAUGUGGGUCGAUUUACACGUAGUGGGAAAACACAUUUUAUGGGAACUGUGUGUAUAAAUCUUAUUGAUUCAGUAGACGGAAAUGCUGAGACGAAAUGGUACGAUCUAGCCUCACCUACCUUCCGCUAA